AUGCCGAGAAUCAAGACCAAGCGCACAAAAGCAGCGCCCGAGGGCUUCGACAAGAUUCAACCGACUCUGGCCGAUUUUGAUCUGCGUUUGAAGGAAGUACACAGUGAACAGGGCUCCAAACUGGCCGCCAAGGCCAACGAGGGCACUUGGAAGAUCCUACAGCUUACACACGAGCGGUCUCGCUAUAUAUUUGACCUGUUCUACAAGCGCAAGGCGAUCUCUAAAGAACUGUACGAGUGGCUGUUGCGCGAGAAGUACGCAGACAAAAUGCUGAUAGCCAAGUGGAAGAAGCGUGGGUACGAGAAACUGUGCUGUUUGCGGUGCAUACAGAGCUCAGAAUCGAGCUCUGAGGGCCACACCUGUAUAUGCAGAGUGCCUCGAAGCGUGCUGGAGAAAAACAGUAAAGAUGGAGUGGUUACAUUCACCAGAUGCACCCACUGCGGCUGUAGUGGGUGUGCCAGCAGCGACUAG